CCUAGAGCAGCUUUCCUCCAACAAUCUACUUUUCCACCUCGUUGCCUAUCAUCUCCCUCUCAACUUUUUUUUGGAUCACUCUCAACAUGGCUUUUGGUGGAGCGGCUUUGAAGCUGUUCCAGACCUUCCUCUAUGCCAUCGAAUUCUGUUGUGCUGGCAUCAUACUGGGAAUUUACAGCUACUUCCUUUCUGUACUCGCAGAUCGAAACCUUCCCAUCUCCACAUGGUCAAAGGCUGUUGAGGGCAUAAGCGGGGCCGCCGUUUUAUACACCAUCUUCGCCGUACUGCUCACAUGCUGUCUAGGCGGGAAGAUCUUCUUCGCAUUCCUGGGAAUCGUCUUCGACCUUCUAUUCUGCGCUGCUUUCGUAGCGCUCGCUAUCUUGACCCGCAAUGGCGCACACAGCUGUAGCGGUAAUGUUAAUACUCCACUUGGCAGCGGAAACUCGCACGACAAGCAGGGCUUUAGGAGCAACAACCAGGGCGAUCAGGUGACCUACGCUGCGUCACUCGGGACCGCAUGUCGUUUGAACUCUGCCUGUUUUGCUGUAUCCAUCCUAGGGGCUAUUCUUUUCCUCAUUUCAGCUCUCGUCCAACUUGCGCUUGGCCGUAAACAUAAGAAGGAGAAGCGGUUUGGCCCAAGCCCUGCCAACAACUAUACUCGUGGAACCGGCGUCCGCUUCUGGCAGCGCCGCCGCAAGAACCGAGGUGGUCUCCGUGACCCCGAAAUGGUCGGUGCUGUUCCCGCCACCGGCACCCUUGCUCCCGGAGUUCACGAUACCCGUCCUUCCCAUGAUACUGCCUAUACAGGCUCGACUAUGGCUCCACACUCGGCUGGCUACGAGAACCCGAACAAACCGCUUCACGGAGGUUAUCAUACCGCUCCCACGGGCACCUACAACGCCACCCCAGCCACCAAUUACUGAAGUCGAAAAUGGGAUAGGAAUAAGGAGUAGAUUGGUUGCAAAUUGAGUACUCGAAAUCAGACGAAAUUCUUUCUUGUUCUUUUACGUGUAAUAUGCAUUAUACCAGGAGACGAAGUGGAAUUGCUGAUGGUUUUGAAGGAGUGCUGACCACAUUGGAUGGAAGGGUCAUAAGCAAUAUUAUGCAAGAACAUAAACCUAAAAACA